AUGACGAUAAUUGAGCCAUCACCGGAUCUUUUAGUGCACCAUUUGACAUUUGUUAAAGCAAGGACAAGAAGUUUUCUCCGAUUUGGUGAGCUAUUACAAACGAUUUUCGGUGGUAGGCUUUAUGAAAAGCUCCGGUCUAUUCCUCUCAUUCAUUGUGCAGGAACAAAGGGAAAGGGAACAACCUGCGCGAUGGCUGAAUCACUUCUUCGAGGAAGGGGCUUCAAGACUGGGCUCUUUACUUCGCCACAUUUCAAUAGCAUCAACGAGCGCAUUCGCAUCAAUGGCAAACCGAUUUCUGAAGAACAACUGUCCGCGACAUUCGAAAAGCUCGAGAAAGAAGACGAAACGGAGCCUCUGCGUUGUGGCAAUGAGUGGUUUCAUUACUUGACGCUGAUUGCUUUCCAGACUUUUGUCGAGCAAAAAGUUGACGUGGUCAUCCUUGAAGUUGGCAUCGGUGGCCAGCUUUGUCCUACAUCGCAGUAUCCAAUGGGCGCGCCACGAGUUUGUUGCAUUUCCGCGCUUGGCUAUGAUCACUUGGAGAAACUCGGGUAUACGAUCCAAGAAAUCGCUGCGGCAAAAGCUGGAAUUUUCAGACAAGGAGCAACCCUCAUUACGACCUGGCAAGAGUACCCUGAAGCCUACCAAGUGCUCGUUAAAGAAGCAAAGCAUAGAGGGCAGCUUUUGACGCCCUCUGGAGAGCUUAUCGAUUCAACGGAACUAGAAUUUCCGCAAAAUAUCAAUGCAGCUAGUGCUAUUCUUGCUGUGAGGAAUUUGAUGAGAAAAAUGAAGCACGAUACCUUUUUUGAGCGGCUAAGAAAAACGAGUUGCUCGACUGAAGCGAACCUGAUGAAAGCGGCUACUUCAACGGAAAAGAAGGCCAUAAAUUCCGUCAGAUGGCCUGGAAGGCAACAAAUUUUAGAGCACAAAGUAAAAGGAAGAAAGAUAAAAAUUCUUCUAGACGCUGCGCAUACUCCAGAAUCGAUGAAAAUUCUUUCAAACUGGGCAGCUGCGAAAAAGGAAGGAGAAACGCUCAUUUUAAUGAGAUCAGCGAAGGGCCGGGAAAUCAACAGUCAAAUGGUGCAUAUUGCGGAAAUCAUGAAGCCUGAUUAUUUUGCCGGAUGCCCAAAUAUUGCCCUCAGUGAAGACGAACUUGAUUCAAAUUUGACAAAAGAGAAAUUUUCGCAUAUUUUUCCAACAUUUUUGACCGAAAGCGUUGAGGACCAAAUGCAAAAACAACGCGAAAACAUAGCAAAAGCACUUGAGAGUGCCAAGGAAUAUGGUCUCAGGACGCUGGAAUUUGAUUCAAUUAACGAUUGCCUCGAAAACAUGCCGGAAGAAGUCAAGACUGUCGUGAUUACUGGGAGCAUGUACAUGGUUGCUGCUUUUUUCAGACUAAGACCUGACGCUUAUUUCUAA